AUGGCCUACCGAUCGUCUGUCCCCGACCUGACUGCCCGCGGCGAUCGCGGCGAUCGUCCCGAGCGCUGGGACCGCGGCCGCUUCAACAACUACGACCAGGAUCGCGGCAGCCGCUUCGACAGAGUUGAGAGAGUCGAGACUGAGGAAGACCGCGUCUACAUGCGCGGCGCCAACCCGCCGCCUCGCGCACCCUCCUACCCCCCGCCCCGCGAAAGGUCGGUCGAACGCCGAGAACGCUCCGUCGAGCGAACCGAGCGACGGUUCCGCCCCGGCGACGAAGACGAUAUCGUGUUCCGCGAGCGCGAGCGCCGAGUAGUAUACGAUGACGAGCCCAGAAUGCCGCCCACGCCUCGGAGACGGCCUUCUCCGCCCGAAAGCGAAGUCGAACGGAGGGUCUUUAUCGACAGGGAGAGGGAGAGGGUGAGAGUGCGCAGCCCAUCACCCGGUCCAAGGCGGCCCACUAGGUUGGUGAGACGGCAGUCGAGUCUCGACACCUUUGACCGGCACCCGCGGGGUUACAACGAGCGCGAGGAGUACGGGCCUCCGGCUAGGAGAGAGAACAGAGAGUACCGGCCAGAGCCCUAUGUUCCAAUCCCGCUGCCCCGUUCUCGAGCCCUGCCUCCCCCCCGGGUCUACGCAGAGCGUGACUCGUUUGAGGAGAUCCAAAUCUCGGAUCCUAAAAGACACGGCGAUGAAGACUUUUACGCGUACCGCCCUGAGCGUGUGCGCGAGAAAGAGGUCAUUCACACUCGUCGGAGGACCCACAGUCGAGAGUCUGGGGCUUCGAGAGGCACGAGCCACCAUCGUGGGCGCAGCAUAUCGAGUGCGACAAGCUCAAGUAGGUCGUCGAGCGUGAGCGGUGGAACCACCAUUACGUCCAAGAGUGAAUAUCCCAAGAAGGGCAAGACCCGUAUUCCAUCCCGCCUGGUGUCCAAGAGGGCCCUUAUCGACCUCGGCUACCCCUAUUUGGAAGAGGGAAACGUCAUUAUAGUCCAGAAAGCCCUUGGCCAACAGAACAUCGACGACUUGCUCAAGCUCAGUGCCGACUACAAGAAGAGUGAGCGCGAACUCGAAGUCUCCCGUUCCAGUCCUGGGGAUAUUAUCGAGGAGAGGCGGACCGAGUACAUCAAAGUUCCCGAGCGCCAGACCGAGUACAUCGAAGUGCCAGAACGUCGGACUGAAUACGUCGAGGUGCCCCGCGCAGAGUACGUCCAGAUAGCUCCGCCGCCCUCGUUCGCACCGACUCCGCACUACUCACACUCCGGGCCCCUGAUUAUCGCUGCCAACCCACCGCCCGAGUCCCCAGUCGAAGUGGUCAAGACGACGGUUCUCCGCGAGGUGUCGCCGGCCCGGUCCUUCACAACCGCUUACGACACCACGACCACCACCACGACGUACGAGACACCCAUCAUCUACGAUGCCCGGCCGCGCGAGGUGUCCAGCACCAUCCCGGUCGGCCCCCUGGCCCUAGCCGAAGGCCGCCGCCGCCGCCGCUCGGCCGACGCGGAGAGCCUCCGCUCCGAAAUCAACCACCUCAACCGGGAGCUGGCCCGGCGAGACCGGCACGAGAGGCACUCCAGCCGCGACUUUGUCAGGGCCGAGCGCCUCUCGACGGGCGAGCUGGUGCUGUACGAGGAAGAGAUUGAGCGCAUCGCUGAGCCCAGCCGCGGCGUCAGGCUCGAGAAGGACAAGAGAGGUAGGCUUGCUAUUAGUGUACCGAAAUAUCGGUGA